AUGGACGACGAGUUCAUCGAAGUGCGUUCUCGCGGCAGUGGUCGUCGUGCGAAGGCGACGAAAACCAAGGCUGCGCUUCCAGCGCAACCGGCGAAACCGGCGCACCAAGCGCCCCAAGCGAAAACCGCGCCAAAAAGCGCGUCGUUUCGUCUUCCACCCAUAGUGGUGAAGACGAACGCAUACCAUCAGCUUCGUGCUGAUCUGUCGUCAAUCGCUGGGGUUGAGUUCCAGUCGAUUGGUUGUUAUGCCAUGCCGGGGCACAAAACAUAUCUUACUGAAAAAUUAGGACUAAUUACAGAUAGUAUCACAUUAGCCAAAGUUGGAAUUACUAAUCCACGUAUACUCAAUAGUCAAGAAACAGAUUUGAUGAUGAUUGACAUUAGAAAACAAAACAUAACAGUGCAUACAAUAUCCGAGGCUUUGGCAUAUACAAACACGAAAAUAGCUACAAAUAACAAUGAACUACUGUUUAUAAUAAGUUGUCCUAGACUAAGAAAAAACAUACUAAACAAAAUCCAAGUUUACGGCAUAAAUAACAUAGGAAAACAGAUCCACGUUCCUCAUCCCUAUUACCUUUCCCAUAAAUCGCAAAUGUUUAUCGUCGCAUCACUCGAUAAGGAAUUCUAUAAUACGGAAGAUCUACAAGAAGACAACACGACAUGCAUACCAGCAAUUAUAAAAGGACAACCAGCAUCUUGCGAUUUUAUAUCGAACCCAUCAACACAAGAAGUUAUAACUUUAGAUAGAAGUCACUUACUUAUCAGUUCAUCCGUUUGGUUUAUAUUUGAUACGACGUGUGGCAUACGAGAACGAAACCUUACUGGUUCAUUUAUCGUUGCAUAUGAAGAUUGCAAUAUUUUCUUCAAUAACAAAACUAUUUCAAGCAACACGAUUAGUUUUCCGGGAUCACCGAUCAAUCUUCCUAUCUAUGGCAUAGAAGUGACACAACAGAACAAAGUCGUGAAUUUGAGUCUUGAGCAUCUACACGAACUACACAAAGAAUUAAGAUCGGAGAUGAAACAAAUCCAUUUAGAAUCACACAGUAUCACAUGGAAAACGUGGUCAAUAUCUAGCCUGUCCCGAGCGUCGCGCGAUGAGCGGAUACAAACUCCUAAGGAGACCAAACGUCUUGGAAGCAAGAUGACCUACAUGCUGUCGGAACGACAGCUUUCGAUCAUAGGUAACCCCGAGGUAGCGCACAUCUGUGGACCAGGGGAUUUCCUUGCUAUGCAGUGUGAUGGGUUUCACCUUACGCACGAUAGAAGCCAUAAGCAUCUGUCGCUUGUAAGGGAUCACCAUCACCUGGGUCUUUUCAUAAUUUACCCUUAUCCUCCACUCGUUGAGGUAUUGGAUAUAUUUAUCCAAACCUCUCUGAAGUCCUCCUUGGAGACACUCCAGAUUACGAGAGGAGUACAAAAUGGCAGUGUCGUCUGCAUAUAA